AUGGCUCCCCCAGAAGUGAACCACGCUCUCGAUGAGCAGUCGACGUCGGGGAUAAUGAUGGGACUGGCGGCUGGGCUGGGAUUUCUGUGCAUGGUGGUCGUCGCAGCUCGUCUCUAUACGAGAGCCAUCCUGCUUCACAUGACCGGUCUGGACGACAUCAUGAUUGUGGUCACCCAGGAAGUACUGACGUUGUGCAAACUAGAGGGACAUUUCGGUGUUGGCAAACACUCUUGGGUCUCGGAUAAGGAGAACCUCACCCGGCAAUUACAGUCCCUCUUCGCGGCCAUACAACUCUACAUCUGGGCACUUGCCUGUGUCAAGGUCAGCCUCCUGCUCCAAUAUCGCCGGAUCUUCCUGGUCACUUGGCUACACCGCGUGGUCAUCGUCAUCAUCGGAUUCGCCGUCGCCUGGAAUAUCGCGCAGUCUAUCCUGGUUUCGUUCGCCUGCGUUCCUAUGAGCACCUUGCAUCCCUCCAUGGCAGACACGUGCCUCGAUAGUCUUACGAUCUGGUACCUCGCGGCUGGAAUCAACAUUACAACAGACUUUAUUGUCUUUCUUCUCCCGAUACCUCUCAUCAACUCGUUGCAGCUGCCUGCGAGGCAGAAGUUCCUGUUGUGCCUAGUGUUUGGACUAGGUCUUUUCACAUGCGUGAUCUCGAUCGUGCGAGUCACAACCCUCCACUACGUCAUCGCCACAAAUGACCCAUCGUGGUUCAGCACCCAGGGCGCGACCUGGUCCAUGGUAGAAGUCAACUGCGCCAUCCUGUGCUCCUGUCUGCCGACGAUCCGAUACCUCCUCGCCCAGAUGUUCCCA